CUUCUCCUCUAAGUGAUUCCGUCCACUUCUGAUGUUUGCUUUCUCCCGCCACGAUGAGGACCUUCAGCGUUUUCCUUAGUUUGCUCACCUUCCUCCUCUCCUCCGUCUCCGCGACCGCCCUCACGUACAAGCUCGCGGCCAACGAGAACACAUGUUUCUUCGCCACGACGGAGCAGAAGGGCCAGAAGAUCUCGUUUUAUUUUGCGGUGCAAUCGGGCGGUUCGUUCGAUGUCGACUACAAGGUGAUCGGCCCGUACGACAAGACCAUCACGGCCGGGCAGAAAGAACGGCAGGGCGACUUCGUUUUCACCGCGAACGAUCCGGGUGAAUACGCGUUCUGCUUCAACAACGAGAUGUCGACGUUCGCAGAGAAGAUGGUCGACUUUGAAAUCAUCGUCGAGAACGAGACGCGCGCCGCGAAGUUGCCCUCUAAGCAGGGCAGCUCGCCCGAGCAGACAACGGUGCUGGAGGAGUCGAUCAUGAAGCUGUCGGGACAGCUGUCGACGAUCAAUCGCAAUCAGAAAUAUUUCCGGACGAGGGAGAAUCGGAAUUUCAGCACGGUGCGGAGCACGGAGAAACGGAUCUUCAAUUUCAGUUUGAUCGAGAGCGCGAUGAUGGUCACGAUGGCGGCGCUGCAGGUGUUCAUCGUGCGGUUCUUCUUCCAGGGCGCCAGGAAAGGUUAUGUGUAAAUGCAUCUAUCUAGUAUGCAAAAAAAGUACCUGUACAACAUCCUAUUUGCUUGUGUCAAAAGUGACUGGAGAACGACACGGCAUGCCUAUCCAUCAGCCGAUUCGAAGCCUUGCAGAAGGGCAAUAUGGAACGCAGAAUGCCAUUUCCGAUGGUCCGAAUGUGUCCCUAGUUCCGGGUCCUCGUCUUCCCGCUUUUCCUGCGCAAAUGCGCGAGGCGCCGUAGGCUCACCGUGGAGCCCGAAGAUGUCCUCGCAUAUCGAUCUACACCGGCAUGAAAGGAGGGCUACCGCAUGUAAUAUUGUGAAGGGGUUCGAAUCCAUAGCGUAUCUCAGACCAGGAGGACG